UGAAGAAGAAACGUUGCUCUGUAUCUGGUUCGAGAAAGGCCACACAGAGAAGAACAAAGCGAGGGUUUUGUGAAGAGAGAAAAAAUUAAAUUCGCUGCUCCAAAGAGAUAUAUACAUACACAUAUACAUGUAGAGAGAGAGUCGUUGCAGAAGGCGUUGUUAAGGUGGAGAUAUAUACAUAUAUUUAUGUAUUUACAGUGAGAGAGGGAGAGAGGGAGGGAGAGAGAGAGAAAUCUACAGAGAGAAAGGGGGUUUCGUGGAGCUGGUUCUGGUAUGAAGUUAAGUAUUUCUUCUGGUUAAACCGGGCUGAGGUUUCCAUUUUCUGAGGGCAGGACCGGUAGAUUGAUUGAGAUCCAAUUCUUUUUGUGGUUGUGAUCAACAAGGCACCCGGCAACUGGCUACAUCUUGACAAUACCAAAAAUUUUCAGCCUAUGUGGCAGUACCCGUGACGUGUUUUCAUCAGUGUACUAUAUAAGGUGUGGCGUAAUGUUGUCGUAAACUCCUUCACAAUUGUUAGGAUGAAGGAUAUGUUGAAAGGAUGCCUUUGAAACUUGGAAAUCAUAACUGGCAUGUGAACCAUUAUGACGAUUGAGGACUUCUUUACCCUUACUGAGAUGAAAGAUGGGCUCACAUCUCCUGCUAGAGUCAAGGAGCUGGUCAAUGUAAUGCAGAAGGAGAAAGAUUGUAUUGUGAAGAAUGUUGGUGACACAACCAGGCAGUGGUCUACUGUUGCAAGCACUAUAGCAGCUACUGAGGACAAAGACUGUCUUGAUCUUUUUGUUCAGUUGGAUGGGCUCUGCUUUAUUGAUAGAUGGCUAAAGGACGCUCAAAGGUUUGGCAAUGACACAAAUGAUAGAUUUGUGGAAGAGUCAAUCACUGCUUUGUUACGCGCACUUGAAAAGCUGCAAAUAGAUUACCAGAAGUCAAUUUCUCAAGGAAUCUGGAUGACUGUCGAGAAUCUCCUUGACCACAGCAGUUCUAGGGUUCAGGAUAGGGCUAAAGCUCUGUUUAAUAGCUGGAAGCAAGAUGGUGAUGUUGAAGCAGUACCCCAAUUUGUUGAGAAGGCUGGGGCGUCCCAUACUGAUGUGACAAAAGGAAGUGGAGGCAUUGCUGGAGAAGGUGGACCUACAGAACUUUCUGCAAGGGAUAUCACUCUUUCAGUAGGGGAUCCAAGUGAAGAAAAACAUGUAGAUCUGGCUAGAGAUAAAUUGGAAAAUCCUGUAUGUGCAGAUGUUUCUCAUCCAGAGAAUGUUGACUAUCUACAGAUCCAAGCAUCUAACAGGGAAAAUACUUCAGAUCAUCAAGUCAUGAAAGGUGAGAGUUCAUCAUAUCCCAUAGAUUCCUCUGUGGUGUUGAAACCUAUGGAAGAAAACUUUUCUAUUGAAGAACAGUCCCCCAUAGUUCAUGCACAAGGAGUUGAGCCUAAUACAACUAAUAGUUCUGUUGUCCUGAAACAAAGCACUGAAGGAAAGUCGGAUGUUCCAGUGUUGAAUGAGUAUUCUGAUAAAGGAAACCAGAUGCAGGUGGUCAUUAGUCCUCUCAGUAAAUCAAUGGAAAUUUCUUCUGCUUCUAAUCUGGUGGAACCCAAAUCUCCUUUGGACAACAAUGCUGGAGAUGCUCAAGAAUCUGUUACUGAACUGGAAUUACAAAAAAAUCUUGAUGCCAAGGACAAAGGUUGUCCAAGAGAUUCAGCUACAGGUGAUGUGAAGAUGGAUGUGUUAGAGGGAAAAAGCAGGAUGGAUGAUACUGGAUCUUCAGAUUGUAGCAAAAGUAUGGUGGUGGUCCAGAAUCAAGGUCUGACCUGUGCUAAUACUUCUCCAUUGGACUCUUCUGGCAAUGAAGGUAAAUUGCAAAAAAUGGACGACGCUGAUACUUCUUUCUCCUCAGAAGAUAGUGAGACAGCUGAUAGAGUCAAGGAGCAUGCUAGUGAUGAAAGUGAAGAUCUGGGAAAUGAUUCUAAUUUCUUGAGAGCUGCAGUGGAGACCAAAGAUCCUGAUGUGGUUGACAAGAGAAGGCCUGAUUUAGAGCUUGACUAUAGCAUGGUAGAUGCUUUGGAGGUUGCUCGACAAGUAGCCAUAGAAGUUGAGCAAGAAGUUGUAGAUCGUAGAGAGCCAAGUUGCAGCUCUUCUGAGAGAAUUUCUCAAGGAGGAAUUAGGCAAACAGGUAGCCCUCGGUCCAUAAAUGGUAAGGAAAUCCAAUCUGUUGAGGUCACAUCUAAAGAGGUGCCAACUGGACCCAGUCCGUCUACUGAGACUUCACUGAAGGAGGAAGGGCUUUUAAAUAGCGCAAAAGACCUAGGUUCUGAAGCAGAAAAUUGUGUACAAGAUAUGGAGGGUAAUACUGAAAAAGGCCUCGGUGAUUUUGAUCUGAAUAAAAAAUUUUGCUCUGAGGAAAUAGAUUACCCAGUCAGUCCAAUGUCUACACCCGUCUCUGUGGUUUCAGCUUCAAGGGCUGCAGCAGUUCCUGGAUUGCCUGCAGCUCCUUUGCAGUUUGAGGGGGCUCAUGGUUGGAAAGGAUCUGCUGCAACUAGUGCUUUUCGACCAGCAUCACCUCGUAAAAUUCUUGAAGGUGACAAAACCCUUACCAUCAGGGAGAGUCAUAACAGUUCAAAGCAGCGUCCGGACUGCCUUGAUAUCGAUCUGAAUGUGGCAGAGGCGGGAGAUGAGAAAAUUGCUGAUCUGAUAACAGGAAAAAAAGGCCUGGUCUCUUCUGGCCUUCCUUUUGGGGAUUCCUUGGUUGAAGGAAGAUCAGAGAGACUCAAGUUGGAUCUUAAUCGUAUGAGUGAUGAUGGUGAUGCUCCAUCUGAUUGGAGAAUGGAGGGACGGCCCUUUCAUCACAGGAAUGGCCACCAUAGCCCAUCCGCUUCCUCUUCAUCAUCGUCUAUGCAGCCUGCUUUAAGGAACAUUGAUUUGAAUGACCAGCCUUCUUUUCACAUCGAGAAUACAGAUCUACAGUUCUAUUCUGGUAAGUCAUCUUCACAAAAUUUGAAUGCUUCUGGAUCCAUUGACUCUGUGAUUUCCAUCAUGGGUACCAGAGUUGAGGUCAAGCGGAAAGAUUUUGCUCCUCAAACUACUUCCAUGCCAAAUGGUAGGAUUUUAGAGCCGGCCUUGGAUGUUAAUUUGGCAAGAAGUAGUGGGGGUUUGGGGAUGGGAUCUGCAGUACCUUAUGCACAUCCUCCUAUUUUUGCUUACAAUGGCCUUGCAACGGGGCCUCCAGUAUCUUUUUCAACAACCAUGUAUGGACCCGGACCAGUUCCUUACAUGAUGGAUUCCAGAGUAGCCCCUGUUGUACCUCAAGUCAUGGCUUCUUCAUCAGCUUCUCCAGCUGCCUACCCUCAACCACCAUUUUUUAUGAGUAUGAUUGGAGCACCUCCUGGUUCAAGUGGAGCCGGGCCUUCACGGCCUAAUUUUGAUCUGAAUUCUGGCUUGAUGAUUGAUGGAAGUAGGGAAUCUGGUGGUUUGAGGCAGCUCUUGAAUCCUGGUCAGAGCAGGCCAAUUGAUGAACACUUGAGGGUCAACGCCCAACCUGCUCUGGAUUCUGGUGGUGCAGGGAAACGGAAGGAACCAGAUGGUGGUUGGGAACCCUACCCGUUUAACUUUAGGCAUCAUCAACCGCCGUGGAAAUAAAGAGUAUCAAUGUCUGAUUGCCUCUCUUUGGAUCUGUUUAGGAACUAAAACACCAUAGACUAAUGUUUUCACAGCCAUAGAUGAUCCAGGGAAGGUGAGCUUAUUGGGAGGGAACUUGGUAGAACUGAAUAAAAGUAGGGAAACUGUGGAUGUAACAGGAUUGGUGAGAUGAGAUGAAUUGCCAAAGAAGAAAAGGGAUUAGGUUUUAUUUUUUCAUAAUGGUUUAUUUUCCUAUUUUGCUUUUUUUCUAUGUUCCAUAGCAAGCCAUUGCUACCAUAGAAAGCUUGUUACAUAUAGCUGUAAUUUCUCUGCUGAUAUAUAUUGAAGAAAUUUAGAGAUAUUUAAUCUUUUUGACCUUUCA